CAUGGCGAACGCUUCAGAAAGUUUACUCGCUGAAUUAGCAAAGAUGAAGGUCCCAGACUUGAAAAAGGAAUGCAAGUCUCGCAACCUACCAACCACUGGAACUAAGAAGGACUUAGUUCAGAGGUUAAAGGCUGAGAUAAAUCAAGGAUCAGGAGAUGCAGAGGAGCCAGUAGAUGAAGAGAUUGCUGAUGUUGGUGAUGAUUCUGUCGAGGAUGCGCUUGACCAGGUGUUAGGAGAAGAUGAUGCUGAUGAGAUAGCUCUGACAACAGAAGUAGAGACACCCCCCAAGGAAAGUGUCACUGUCAGCAAAGUAAAGACGCAGAUCACUGCUCCUGUCACAGAAACCAAAGUAGUGUCUACAACAGGUGUCAGUGAAAAUGAUAAAUUGAAGAUGAGAGUACAGAAAUUUGGUGCUAUUAAUCCUGACGUGCAGAAACAGAUGAGAGCUGAGAGGUUUGGCACAGGACAAGCCAGUGUGAAAGGAGGAAGUAAGCUUGCCCCAGGACCGUCAGCAGACGUGGACAAACUGAAAAAAAGGGCAGAACGAUUUGGAACAAUCACUUCCACAGUGCUUUCAAAGGUUGACGAGACCCAGAAAUUAAAGAAGCGAGCAGAGAGAUUUGGAGCCGUCACAUCAACAAGUCUGUCUAAUACAGAGAACCAAGAGAAGUUACUGAAGAGGAAGGAAAGAUUUGGUGUUUCUACAAGUGCAACAGACAGUUUAGAAGCUGAUGCAAAGAAAAGGAAACGAGCAGAACGGUUUGGAUUGACGUGAAUACUGGCAGCAACUUAUAAACAUUUCAUUUCAUCUGGUUAAGAUAAAGUCAUUUAUUUUACACCCUGCAUCUGACCUCAAGGAGACCUUGUUGAUGUAUAUACAGAAUAAGCUUAAUUGUUAUUUCAGUUUGUCAAUGAAAUUGUUUUUUAGAAUGAAUCAAUUCCAAAUAAUAAUAUUUUUUUGAACAGCAAUAUCCUAUAUUCGAACAUACUAUUUUUUGUGUCAUGAGACGUUUUGAAUCGAGUAGGAAAUGAAAUACUAGUUACCAAAUCCUUCAUCUUGUUUGUAAAAAUAUUUUUAAUCUGUCUUAAUGAAGAUACAUCAAAGAUAUUGAGGCUUAUCUUUCUAACUAGAAACAAAAUCAUUCAUAAUUCAAAUUUUGGUGAGCUUCAAUGUUAUCAUAUCAUCAGUUUUGAGCAGAUGAGAAUGCAGGUGAAUGAUCGGGUUAUAUUAAAACUCGUACAUGUACAUAGUAUAUCUGAUGGGAACAUUGAUUGAAUUUCUAUUCCAUUUAGAUUUUUUAAAAAGAAAAUUAACCUUUCACAUUAUCAUUGGUGAAGGGAGGGAACAUACUUCAUUCUGAAUGGUUAUGGUAGUUCUAGAAUUUCUGUAUGUUGUUCUGAGUGCUUUGUAGAUUUUAAUGACAAAUGUUAAUGUAUAUGUUUAUUAAAGAAAACCACAGUUUACAUCUUUUGAAAAAAUACUUCUUUUCUAAAGAGUUUACCAAUGAAAAAAAGUAUUUGAUAACAGUUUAGUAGGCUCUAAAGCUGAAGUCAUGUCUGAAUUAAAUCUCUUGUUGACAAAAUAAAACUGUUUAAUAGUCAAUCUGUGAAGCUAAAUCAAUACAUCAAUAUUUUCAAUGCAAAGGUUUAUUUUUGACAGAAUAAUUGGGUCACACAUUCAGAAUAGGCUCUCAUAUGUGUUAUAGUGUAGGUGAAUGUUCAUCAGCUUGUUAUAUAGAACAAGUGAUUCUUGUCGUUCUCAAUACUUUAAAAUCAUUCAUUUUUGUGUGGGUUUAAUUUUUGUUCUUUAGAUGUGUAACUUCCUGUGUAACUCUGUUCAACUGUGACAGAUUUUAUGUAAAGCAUCAAUUUUGUUAGGACUACAUUUUAAUCAAAUCAAAUGUAGGCAAAUAUGGAAUUUAAAAAAAAAUAUCCCCCAAAAAUAUGACCCACCAAAAAAUAUGGUUUUAAAGUAAAAAGGGUUCGAGAUUUCUUGGUUUGUGAAAUUGCUCAUGCAUUUUAAUUUGUGAAUGAAGAGAGAAUGGGGUUGAUUGGCUGUGCAUGCACAAUUGAAUGACGCGAGAUGGAUCUAUAUUGCAUUAUUUGUACUCCUGUAGAUAUUAUCAAGUAGCCUUGUCAUUUUAUCUGAUUUCUUGUUCAUGUUGGAUCAUGUUUCUAUUUUUCUUAGUCGUUAAAACGGUAAAUAUUUUUCCCUGAAAGAUAUUUUGUUCCACAAAACGUGUGGAUAUUUUUUGGAUAGAAUUAACAAAUUAAUAAACACUUUAGAGUAAACAUUUUGUAAAUUUUUUUGAAUUCAGAAACAAAAUUUUGUGUUAGGAAUAUAUUUUUUUUGCCUUCUUUUUUAAGUAAGUGUCCUUAUUACGCUGGUAUAUAUGUCUGAGUUAUCACAGGUUUUCAAUUUUUCAACAUAUACUAAAUUCUUAGCGAACUAAGCUACACUAAAACAAAUCAGUGUACUUUUUCAAGUCAACACUUAACAGAAUGGUGUAAAUUCAGACACUCUAACUUUACACUGCCAUUGGUACAAGUCAUUACAUUUUACUUUUGUAAGUGUGUGGGAGUGAUUUGACCAGAUUUUUGUUUCAUUGAUGGAGAGAAGAUACAAUAUUCCAUGAUCUGAGGAAAAAAAACACAUUUCUAAAGGACCAAUGUAAAGUUAUAUGACUUAAAGGUCCAGUGUAAUUUCAUUUAUCAUAUUCAUGUUUAUAUUUCAUAAAUUGAUGUUUUCGUUGUUAUUUUCUCUGAAAAAAAUCUAAAUAUUCACAUAAUAAUUAAUGUAUAAUUUUAUUUCCUGAUCAUUGAUUAAGAUCUAAUGAUAAAGCAUGUUCUAAAUUCAAGGAUGUGUGAACAUGUAUUUUUUAAUACACAUCAUAAAAUGAUAAAACAUAUAGUUAACACUAUAUAUCUUUACAGUGUUUGUUCUGGACAGAAAGGGAACAAAUUGUUGUGCUUGUUUGAAUGAAACUGAUUGUUUGCUACAAGCAACAAGAAAUCUUAUUUACUUACAAAUAACAACAAAUACUCCAGGUUAUAACAUGAUUUAUGAAAUAAACUUUCAUUAUAAAUUUU